CCGGGGGAAGCCAAGGAGGCUUGUGGUGAGAGACAGACCGAGACCGGAGAUGUUUUCAAGCCCGGCCCCGGCGGCCUUUAAAGGGUUGGUGCCGCGGAGACGGAGAUCCUGACGGCGACGGCCACGCGAUUAGGGGACUGGUGGAGCGUAUAAAGCCUUUCAGGCGCCCGCUGUGCCCCGGGUCCGAGCGGGCGAAGGGGGGCGUGGCGACCGCAGGGGAGGAAGGAGGGCGCGGUUUCGAGUGUGGUCCGGGGACGCCCGGGAAGAGGAGGAGGAGGAGAACCCCCUCUGUGCUGCGCGGCUCGCGUCUCCUUCUCCAGAACCAGAACCAGGAUGAGAAGACUGAUAAAAGAAGCUAGCUGAACAGCUAUAAAAUGCCCAAAUCUGGGUUCACAAAACCAGUUCAGGGUGAAAAUUCUGACAGCGACAGCAAUAUGGUAGAGAAACCAUAUGGAAGAAAGAGUAAAGACAAGAUUGCAUCUUACAGCAAAACCCCCAAAAUUGACAGAAGUGAUCCAAGCAAGGAGAUGAAAGAGAAAUCAUCCAUGAAGCGUAAACUUCCUUUUACCAUCAGCCCAUCGAGAAAUGAAGAACGAGAUUCAGACACAGAUUCAGACCCAGGACAUACAAGUGAAAAUUGGGGGGAGAGACUUAUAUCUUCUUACAGGACAUACUCAGAGAAAGAAGGUCCAGAAAAGAAGAAAACAAAAAAGGAAGCUGGAAAUAAGAAGUCUACCCCAGUUAGCAUCCUUUUUGGUUAUCCACUCUCAGAGCGAAAGCAGAUGGCACUUCUUAUGCAGAUGACAGCAAGAGACAACAGUCCAGAUUCCACACCAAAUCAUCCAUCACAAACAGCCCCAGCCCAAAAGAAAACUCCUAGUUCUUCAUCUCGACAAAAAGAUAAAGUGAAUAAGAGAAAUGAACGUGGUGAGACUCCUUUACACAUGGCAGCGAUUCGAGGAGAUGUGAAGCAAGUCAAGGAAUUGAUAAGCAUGGGGGCAAAUGUGAACGUGAAAGACUUUGCAGGUUGGACACCACUGCAUGAAGCUUGCAAUGUUGGAUAUUAUGAUGUGGCUAAAAUACUUAUAGCUGCUGGAGCAGAUGUUAACACACAAGGAUUGGAUGAUGACACUCCACUUCAUGACUCUGCUAGCAGUGGACAUAGAGAUAUAGUGAAAUUGUUACUUCGUCAUGGUGGGAAUCCAUUUCAAGCUAAUAAACAUGGAGAGCGUCCAGUGGAUGUAGCAGAAACAGAGGAGUUGGAGUUGCUACUCAAAAGAGAGGUGCCCUUGUCUGGUGAUGAUGAAAGUUAUACAGAUUCAGAAGAGGCUCAGUCUGUAAAUCCUUCUAGUGUUGAUGAAAAUAUUGACUCUGAAACAGAAAAAGACUCUCUCUGUGAAAGUAAACAAAUUCUUCCAAGUAAAGCACCUCUUCCAUCUGCUCUUGAUGAAUACGAGUUCAAAGAUGAUGAUGAGGAAGAAAUAAAUAAAAUGAUUGAUGAUAGACAUAUUCUUAGGAAAGAACAACGAAAAGAGAAUGAAACUGAAGCAGAAAAGAGUGGUUUAUUUGCAAAGCAAGAGAAAGCCUUCUAUUCUAAGUCAUUUAAGAAUAAAAAACAAAAGCCUUCUAGAGUUCUGUACUCAAGUACUGAGAGUUCUGAUGAUGAAGUUCUUCAGAACAAAAAGGUUUCAACUUCAUGUUCUGUCCCUGAAACCUCAAAUUCUGAUAUACAAACGAAAAAGGAAUAUGAAUAUAAACAGAGAGGCAAAGUCAAAAGAAAAUUAAAAAACCAGAAUAAAAACAAAGAGAACCAAGAGUUGAAGCAAGAAAAAGAGGGGAAAGAAAAUACUAGAAUAACAAACUCAACAGUUAGUACUUCACUAGAUUGUUCAGAAAAGACCAGAGAGGAGGGGACUUUUAGGAAAUCUUUUAGCCCAAAAGAUGAUACUUCAUUACAUUUAUUUCAUAUUUCCACUGGCAAAUCUCCCAAACAUUCUUGUGGAUUAAGUGAAAAGCAGUCAACACCACUAAAGCAAGAGCAUAGUAAAGUAUGCUUAUCACCAGGAAGCUCUGAAAUGUCGUUGCAACCUGAUCUUGCUCGGUAUGAUAACACAGAAUCUGAAUUCUUGCCAGAAAGUUCAAAUGUGAAAUCUUACAAGCAUAAGGAAAAAAGUAAGCAAAAAGAUUUCCACUUAGAAUUUGGUGAAAAAUCACAUACCAAAAUAAAGGAUGAAGAACACAGUCCAGCUUUUGAAAACUCAGACUGCUCACUGAAAAAAAUGGAUAAGGAGGGAAAGACAUUUAAAAAACAUAAGUUGAAACAUAAGGAGAGGGAUAAAGAAAAACACAAAAAAGAAGCUGAAGGUGAAAAGGAGAAAUACAGAAAGGAUGGCACUAAGGAGCUGCAGCGGAGCAUUGAGUUUGACAGAGAGUUCUGGAAAGAGAACUUUUUCAAAACCGAUGAAACUGAAGAUCUCUUUUUAAAUAUGGAACAUGAGUCCCUAACAUUAGAAAAAAAAUCAAAAUUGGAAAAAAGUAUGAGAGAUGAUAAAUCAGCUAAGGAAAAACAUGUCUCAAAAGAGAAGAACUUUAAAGAAGAACGGGAAAGGUUUAAAAGAGAAAAUGAUAAAUCGUUUAGGGAAGAAAAGCUAAGAGAUGUAAAAGAAGAAAGAGAGAGUUUAUCCACAGAUAAAGAAACAGAGUUCAGUUCUUUGGCUAUAAGCUUAAAUCAGGAAUCAAUAGGUCUGCAUUCAAUGGAAAAGGAAAUAGACAUUGAAAAACAAGAAAAGUAUUUAAAAGAAAGAGAAAAAUCUGACAAACGAUUUCAGACCAAAGAAAAAGAGAUUGAUAAGACUGAAAGAAAAAUUUCUGAAAAAGAAAAGAAAAAACAUGAGUAUAAGUUAGAAAAGGAGAAAUUAGAGUUUAGUGAAUGUAUUGAUAGAAUAAAAGAAAAAGACAAGCUAUAUUCACAUCAAUCAGAGAAAUGUCAUAAAGAAAAUGAGAAGACAAAAAAUACUAUUAAAAAAACUGAUGACAGAGAAAAAAACAGAGAAAAAGUAGAUAGAAAGCAUGACAAAGAGAAACCUGAAAAAGAGAGGUGUCUAGCAGAAAGCAAAGAAAAGCACUUUGUGGAGAAAAAGAACAAACAGUCAGAAAAUAGUGAAUAUACUAAAUCAGAAAAAGGCAGAAAUAAAGAAAAAGAUAGAGAAGGAGAUAAGAAGGAAAAAUUUAGAGAUAAAGAAAGUAUAAAUGUAACUAGCUCCAAACAAUUACAGGAAGAGAAAAGGUCAAAUAUAGGAGACAGUAGUGGCAAAGCACAGCAUGAAAAAACAGUAUCCCUUAAGGAAAAAGCAAAGGAUGAACCUUUGAAAACUCCAGAUGGAAAAGAGAAAGAUAAAAAAGAUAUAGAUAGAUACAAAGAACGAGACAAACGUAAAGAUAAAAUCCAACUGAAUACUUUGCUCAAACUAAAACCUGAAGCAGAUAAGCCUAAACCCAAGUCCUCACCAGCACCAAAAGACACUCGGCCUAAAGAAAAGAGACUGGUGAAUGAUGAUCUGAUGCAAACGAGUUUUGAACGGAUGCUCAGCUUGAAAGACCUAGAAAUAGAACAGUGGCACAGAAAACAUAAGGAAAAAAUUAAACAAAAAGAAAAAGAACGAUUAAGAAAUCGUAAUUGUGUAGAACUUAAAAUAAAAGAUAAAGAAAAAACAAAACACACACCAGCUGAAUCCAAAAAUAAAGAACUUACUAAGUCCAAAAGCUCAGACUUGGCUGAUGCUUAUACCAAGGACAAGCAAUCUAAAGAUGUUGGAAGUAGUAGAUCACAAUCUGUUGACACUAAAAAUACAAUGAAUUUUGGGAAGUCAUCCUUUAUUUCAGAUAAUAGCUUAACCAGAUCUCCUAGAUCAGAAAAUGAAAAGCCAGGUCUUAGCUCCAGGUCUGUAUCCAUGAUCUCCGUUGCUAGUUCAGAAGAUUCCUGCCAUACUACAGUAACAACCCCAAGGCCUCUGGUUGAAUAUGACUCUGACUUUAUGUUGGAGGGUUCAGAAUCCCAGAUGUCGUUUUCCCAAUCACCUUUUUUAUCCGUUGCCAAAUCUCCAGCUCUUCAUGAAAGGGAGCUGGAGAGCCUGGCUGAAAUGCCAGAGCGACUGAAGCCUUCAUAUGCAAACAAACUCCCAGCAUCCCAUCUUAGGUCAUCUUCUGUAGAAGACGUCAAACUAAUUAUUAGUGAGGUAAGACCUACUGUAGAAAUUCGAAGAUGUAGCAUGCCAUCAGUCAUUUGUGAGCCCACAAAACAGUUCCAAGUAUCAGAAGAAAGCAAUCAAGGUAGCUUAUUAACUGUGCCAAGAGAUAUUUGUCCUUCUCCCAAGCCUGAGGUGUCUUCAUCUGUUCCUGAAAGAGACCUUUCAAAUAUGUCUAACAUCCAUCCCAGUUUUACAUCCUCUCCAACUAGAUCUGUAAACAGCAAAUACAUUUCAUCUGAUACAAAUAUAAUCAAGAGUACUGCUCCAACAGGUACUUCAUUGGACAGUCCUGUGCACUUAGAAGCUGCUCAUCAAGUUGGAGUGAUCCAAAGUAAAUCAUGGGAGAUGCCUGUUGAUAAGCUAGAGUCAUUAAAUACCAAUGACUUUAUCUGCUCAAAUUCUGUUACUCCUGAUCAAGAUUCCAAUGCUAACAACUUUUGUAAUUCAGAAAACAAAGUAAUGAGAGAACAGAAUGUGGAUUGUUUAUCCCUACACCAGACUGAACUGCCAGGAAACUCUUGUGUUCAGGAUCCAGCAGCCUUUCUGCCUUCACAGCAACCCUGCUCUUUCCCCAGCCAAUCACUUUUAGAUACUGAAUCUGCCUCUAAUCCUAUGUCUUUGUCAUAUGUUGCCAAUCAAGAACCAGGUGUUUUACCACAGAGAAAUGUUAAUAUGAUCAGUUCUGCUUUGGAGACUGAUAAUAACUUUACAAAAGACAUGGAAAAUACUUUUGUUCUAGCAGAUAUUCAGAAGACAGAUACCUUUGUUCCAGUUUACACUGAGAGCACUAUUCAAGAAGCACUCCCAAACUAUGAGAAAGCUAACACUAUGCUUGUAUUACCAUCAGAAAAGGACUUUAGUGGAAGUGAUGCCUCCUCUCAGCUAAAUGCACACUAUGCAUUUAACAAAUUAGCUUACAAGUCUUCCAGUAACCAUGAGGUUGAGAGGAGCACAACUGAUACUCAGGUUCUUUUACAUGAAAAAGAAAACAAACUGCAAAGUUUGGUCUUAACUCACUUGAGUAAAUGUGAUUCUGAUUUGUAUGAAAUGAAUGCAGGGAUGCCAAAAGGAAACCUCAGUGAACAGGAUAAUCCCAAACAUGGUCCUGAAAGUGAAAAGUGUUCACUUUCCAUUGAGGAUGAAGAAUCUCAGCAAAGCACUUUAUCAAGUCUGGAAAACCACCCACAGCAGACAGUUCAACCAGAGAUGCAUAAAUAUGACCAGUUAGUUAAAGCAGAGUUGGAAGAAAAUGCUGAUGACGACAAAACUGAAAGCCAAGUUCCUCAAAAAAUGACCAGAAACAAAGCAAGUACAAUGGCAAAUCAAAACAAACAGAUUCCUGCUGGCUGCACACUCUUACCAGAAAAAGACAGUGAAUCUUCUCCUAGGGCAAGAAUAAGACUGACUGAAGAAGAUGAUCCUCAGAUUCACCAUCCACGGAAAAGGAAAGUGUCACGAGUACCUCAGCCUGUGCAAGUGAGUCCCUCUUUACUACAAGCAAAGGAGAAAACUCAGCAAUCUCUAGCAGCCAUCGUAGAUUCUCUGAAACUAGAUGAGAUUCAGCCAUACAGUUCUGAGAGAGCAAAUCCAUAUUUUGAAUAUUUGCACAUAAGGAAAAAAAUUGAAGAAAAACGCAAAUUAUUGUGUAGUGUUAUUCCUCAAGCUCCUCAGUAUUAUGAUGAAUAUGUAACAUUUAAUGGAUCGUAUCUCCUGGAUGGAAACCCCUUAAGCAAGAUUUGUAUUCCCACAAUCACACCACCGCCUUCACUGUCAGAUCCACUUAAAGAGCUUUUUCGGCAACAGGAAGUUGUAAGGAUGAAACUGCGUUUGCAACACAGCAUUGAAAGGGAAAAACUUAUUGUAUCCAAUGAACAAGAAGUCCUGCGAGUUCAUUACAGAGCUGCAAGAACAUUGGCAAAUCAAACAUUGCCAUUUAGUGCUUGCACAGUCUUACUGGAUGCAGAAGUGUACAAUGUGCCAUUGGACUCCCAGUCUGAUGACAGUAAAACCUCUGUGAGAGAUCGUUUUAAUGCAAGACAGUUCAUGUCCUGGUUACAAGAUGUGGACGAUAAAUUCGACAAAUUAAAGACAUGUCUUUUAAUGAGACAACAGCAUGAAGCUGCAGCUUUAAAUGCCGUCCAGAGAUUAGAAUGGCAGCUCAAACUCCAGGAACUCGAUCCUGCCACCUAUAAGUCUAUCAGUAUUUACGAAAUCCAGGAGUUUUAUGUUCCCCUUGUUGAUGUUAAUGAUGACUUUGAAUUGACUCCUAUAUAGCAGUUGUACAUCUGUGGUGUCAUCUUCAAUGGAUAAAUGCUCAAGUGUUACACAUAGGAUAUUGCCUUCCAUCACAAAGCUGAUGUUUUGCCUUCACAGUUAGUAAAGUUUGAUUAAAGCUGGCUAGAUAGUAAACACUGUUGUUUUAUUUAAAAGUGAAAAGAUAUUUGGAUCUUAGGUCCAAAACUAGUUUCUAAUAGAAAACUAUUAUUUAUAUUGGUGAACGUUAACUGUUGAAUUAGAGCAUGUUGGCAGACUGAGUAGCUAUUUAAGAAGCUGAGACUCUGUUAACAGCGCUGGAAGUUGUUAGCAUUCUAAGUAAUGAGAUAACCACUAGUAUUCAAGUCUCUUUCAGAUUUUAUUAAAAAUAUAUCAAUAAACUAAAAUAUUCAAUUCCUACAAAAUAGUUUCUAAUGUAGAAGAAAAUCUUGGCACAAAAUUCUUCAGUUUAUUAUAUCUGUAAAUUAAUUGUACAGUUUUCUUUUUGAAAGUUUUAAUAUUGUCUUCCUUUUUAAUAACUUAUUUUAUACAUAUUGUGCAGAUGUACAUCUUGUAAUUAAUGGUCAAAAUGUAUACAAAGGGAUUGGUAGUCAAAACAUGUACAAAGAAUUACCUGUAAAACUGUUUUGUCUGUUCUAUUGGACCAAAGUUGUUGUUUUGUCGGAGUGUAUUAGCAGUGUGUUGAGGUAGCGAAAUUUUUAAAUAAGGCAUGCAUGUGUUUUUGAGUUAGCUUGUGUUCAUCCCAUAACUGUAAAAAGUGGCUUAGUUGUAUGGCAUGCUUCCUAUAAUUUAACUCUUCCCAUAACUGAUGCCUGAGACAAUGUGAGGCGUUUCAUACCAACUAGUCUCCUGUGAGAGAACCUGUGACUUCCUGUGUUGGACACAUUAUUUAAAAUUAGUCAUACAAAGAAACUAGCUCUUUUUUCAUCUCACUGGAAAGUCUGUUUCCCUCUAAAACAACAAUAACAAAAAUGCCUUUGAAUGGAAAUUCUGAAAUUGUAAAUGUCUAUUUUAAUAUUCAACUAUGAAAGAACCUGUGAAUAUAUGUAAAUAUGUUUAAUAAAUUUUAUUGGUCAUGUUAAAUCAUUGUAAAACUUUUUUACACUGUUGAAAUUAAAUCUUUUAAGCUUAAUAACCUUUGCACUUUUAAAAUAAAACUGAAUACUCCAAAAAGAUAUUUGGUAGUCAAAAUAGGUUUAAAAAAAAAGACAGGAAUAUUCCAGUCAAUCUCUGAAAUGUUUAUGAAAAUUUUAAUAUGUUGUAUUUUUCCUUGUAUCAAGAUGCAAAACUUAUAAUUUGCAAAAUUUUAUAAUUGAAAUAAGAUUUGGUAUGCUUUUUUAGUAAAAUAAUGAGCAAUAUACUUAGUAAAAGUACAGUUUCUCUAAUAGCAGGAAGUAGAUUAAAAAUUCAGGAAAAUUUCAGAUCUAAACCUGCAGCUGAACUUGUGAGAUAUUUUUGAAAGAAAAGUAGGGCUAAUAUGAUAUUCAUUGUAAGUAAAUGGGAUAAAUAUUUAUGAAACUUGCCACAGUACUUUCAUAAUUAUAAAAUAAUACUGGUUUAUUUCCUAUUCUGAUAAAGAUGAAAAGACUAUAUAUGAGAAAUGAAGUGGUUUAAAUUCAAAGUUGGAAAUCCCAGCUAAUGAGAAAGAAUAUAAAAGGGUUUGAGUGCAAAGGUGCAUAUUAAGCUUAGAGAUUUUUUUUAAUUUUUACAUCAAUAUAUUUUCAUUCUUACUGUACUUGGCAUGCGCAAUAAAGCUGCACAUGUGCAAAAUACACAGUGCAAGGAUUUACUAUAAAGGUUGGAAGUAGUUUUCCUUAAAAAUUUAUGUGAGACACUUUUGGCCUUUUCAUUGGAUAAAUGGGGCCAGAAAGGCAGGGUAGAUCUUGAAGCACUGGUUUUGUUGAUGUUAAGUUUAUUAAGGCUGGGAACAUUAAAAGCUAAUUUAUAAAAGCAAUACUUUUAAUACAAAAUACUUAAUGCAAAGUUUGUUUAUACAUUAGCCUAGAAAGGAAAUUUGAUGGGAACAUGUGACAAAUCAUAAAAAUAAAACAGAUUGUUGGACACAGAGAAAAUAAGACAGGGACAAAUUUAUAGAGCAUUUUGUUCUGAUAGCCCAACCAGAAAAAGACUAACCAAGCAGAGCAAGCUAUUGCAAAUGCAAGCAGGAGUCUGGCAACUGUCAGUCAUCCCAGCUUUUUAGUCACCCAUGGUCCUGACCCUCUUCCAUGGUACCUCAGAAAGCUGGAGCCUCUGCCAUGAUUCUGCUUCUACACAUUUCCUCUGUACAGCGACAUGACGUAAAGUUUAUCAGGAUAGCGUGAAAGUUACUGCCUUCUCAUUGGAAAUGUGUGAUUAAGUAGUUAAGGACUCUCAUAUGAAAAAUACUAUACAACUCUGAAAUGCUAGGGAAAAAAAACAUGAAGUGGAGUAUAUACCUAGAAAGGUUUUGGAUUCUCAAAAAAAUAAAGGAUGGUUAGUUUAAUCAGUGAUUCUUUUUAAACUAUUCAAACAUCAUGAACAAGAUACUAAACUGUACCUAAGGAUUUGUGUUUCUUUAAAUCUUGUUCUAAAUCAUAUCUGUUUAAUAAAUGACUAGUUGAUAUUUGUGCAUGUUAUUUAAUAAAGAGUUAUAUUUUUAUAGAAAAAAAUAAGACUGAAAUGUGUGCUAAAUGUUUUGUUUUGUUUUGUUUUGUUUACUUAAUUUUCCACUGCUAUACAACUAAGUGAUACACCAAUGUUUACUAGGGCCUCUAGCAAGAUUGCAGAAAUACUUAUCCUAAAAAAAGUCUUUGAAGAAAUAGCCACUCAUGUUCAAAUCUAUUCAAUACUCAAUAGUGAGAAGUCUUACUAAUGAAUUUUUAAGUUGUAUACAAGCUGCAACUUUCAUAACUACAAAAUUCUUCAAGACCCUUUGAACAUUAGCUCAUUGGAAUUACACUUAAGAACUCUACAGUUAUUUGAAAAAUUGAAUACAGUGUGAAACAUUUUUCUUUUCCUUUUUCCAGAAAGUUAGCAAUAUUUUUAAUUCUACCUCUUAUGACCUGACAAUGGAUAAGGCAAACAUUUUCACCACUAAAUAUAUAUAUACCUUUAAUCCCAGCACUUGGGAGGCAGAGGUAGGAGGAUCGCCUUGAGUUCAAGGCCACCCUGAGACUACAUAGCGAAUACGAGGUUAGCCUGAGCUAGAGUGAGACCCUACCUCAAAAAACCAAAACAAACAAACAAAAAAAGAUACUUUUGCACCAGAAGUGGUGAUUCACACCCAGAACCCCAGCACCCAGGAGUCUGAGGCAAGAAAAUUGCCACAGGCUCAAGGCCAGCCUGGGCUACAUAGUUCCACAGUACCUUUGGCUACAGUGUGAGACCAUCUCAAUAAAAGUUUUCAAACAUUUAAGGCAAAAUGUUUAAAAAGAGAUUAAUCUUUGAGAGCUUGUGUGAUGUUUAAUUGUCAAAAUAUCUUGUAAUUCAUCAUCUCAGUGGCUUCUUCAAAGUCUUGUUUGUACCUAAUAGGGAAUUUCAAACUCCAUAGAAAUAGUCAUCUAGUAUAUGUCCAGUCAAAACCAGGCUUCAUAAACAAAACAGGCAGAUAAAGUGUAAACAAUUCUGCUAGUUCAAACUGCUUAAAUACAUAGAAUUAUAAAUAUUACCAUAAAAGGGACAAAAAAAAAAACCCACAACUAAAAGCUAGGCUUCCCA